AUGACAAUCUCGACGCGUGGGAGUAUGAACCCGACUUCUGCUCAGGGACCUACCCGUCCCAGGGGUUGGAGUGCCAGGGACUUUGCUGAUGAGUGGCUCGACGGGACGCGUGGGAUCAUCAAGCAGAUGCGAAAGCAUUGCCCGGAACUUGCGGAUUUCGGGUUCAUGGCACCGUCAUACGACGAUCGUGUGAGUAACCUGAAUGCCACCCAGGUUUGGGGCUAUGGACUCGACAAGUAUGGCAGCGUCAAGUGGUAUUCUGUUCACAACUACAUUGAUGGAGCGACUUCCCCUGGUGUGACUUUGCAAGGGACAUUGAUGAAUCACAGCCGCAUCAUUCGAGAUGUAGAUGAGCAGGUUGCGGAAUACAAGCGAAUUAUGUCUGGUCCACUAACAAGGGUUAACCGUGCCACGCCCCACUUUUUCGGGGAAACCAACUCGCUAUACUUCCAGAUGGAAGCAGCGUACGCAAUUUUCGAACGCGGAAACCUCAAGCGUCUCAUGGUCAUCAACAUGCACGGAUACAACACGACCAAAGACGGGGCCGGCACGGAGCCACUGCCGAACCCUCCAGGAAGAAUGAGCCGGGGUUUUUCGUUUGCGGCGCGAAACCUGGCGCGGGAUGUGUCGAUUCGUGAACAGCGACACAUGGCAAACGGCAGUGAUGCUAUUACCGGAGUGACGUUUGAUGGGUGGAGUUAUAACUGGGAGUUGGACAAUGGGAAACCUGUUAGACUAGACAACGUUACGACCGGGGAGACGGUGAGAUCGAAACAAGGAGUCAUUACAGUCAUGGUCCCUGAUAAGAUGGUGGUGGUGGUGGUAGUGGUGGUAGUGGUGGUUGAAAAGACUCUGGAUGAGGACGGAGCUUUGGAAUCUAGAUCAAGUUAA